CUGCUCUUUGUUCCCACGCAGCGAGAGAGGGAACAAGCCGGGCUCGGAGCUCGAUUGCUUUACCCUCGUGACUGAAACCAUGGCGGAACAGGGGGAUAAUGUUACCAUUCCAGAGUUCCACACUCUCCUCCAAAUGGACCCCUACCUCAAACCCUACACGAAGGACUUCAAGCGGAGGUAUGAGUUGUUCCAAAAACAACUUUUCCAGCUUGAAGAGGCGGAGGGCGGUUUCGACCAAUUCACGCGCAGCUACUGGGCCUUCGGCGUGCAGCGGCAGCCCAACAACAGCCUCUUCUUCAAGGAGUGGGCUCCGGCAGCGGAGGCUCUGUUCCUCACCGGGGAUUUCAACGGCUGGGACAAAUUCUCCCACCCAUACAGCAAGAGAGAUUACGGCAAAUGGGAGCUGAUUCUCCCGCCCAAGCAUGACGGCUCUCCUGCUGUGGAUCACAACAGCAAGCUCAAGGUGGUUGUUCACACCAAGGCCGGCCAGCGACUCUACCGGAUCUCGCCGUGGGCAAAAUAUGUCACCAAGGAGGAGAAUAAAGUCAUUUACGACUGGACUCACUGGGACCCCCCUCAUCCCUACAUUCAUAUUCACCCACGGCCUAUGAAACCCAUGCACCUGAGGAUCUACGAAGCCCACGUUGGCAUCGCCUCGCCCGAGGGAAAGAUUGCGUCGUACACCAACUUUACUCGCAACGUGCUGCCUCGUAUAAAAGACUUGGGUUACAACUGCAUUCAAAUGAUGGCCAUUAUGGAGCACGCCUAUUACGCAAGCUUUGGCUAUCAGGUGACCAGCUUCUUUGCUGCUUCCAGUCGCUACGGCACCCCCGAUGAGUUGAAGCAGCUGAUCGACACGGCGCACUCGAUGGGCAUCGUGGUGCUGCUGGACGUGGUGCACAGUCACGCGUCCAAGAACACGGAAGACGGCCUCAACGAGUUUGACGGCUCAGACUCGUGCUUUUUCCACUCGCCGCCCCGAGGGGAGCACGCACUCUGGGACAGCCGCCUCUUCAACUACUCCAGCUGGGAAGUCCUCCGUUUCCUGCUCUCCAACCUGCGCUGGUGGAUGGAGGAGUACAAGUUUGACGGAUUCCGAUUCGACGGCGUCACCUCGAUGUUGUAUCAUCACCACGGAAUCGGCGUGGCUUUCUCGGGCGACUACAGCGAGUAUUUCGGCCUUCACGUGGACGAAGACUCUCUGGUGUACCUGAUGCUGGCCAACCACAUCCUUCACACGCUGUAUCCCGACUGCAUCACCGUGGCGGAGGAUGUGUCGGGGAUGCCCGCCCUCUGCAGGGCAGUGAAAGAAGGCGGGCUGGGUUUUGAUUAUCGUCUAGCCAUGGCCAUUCCCGAUAAGUGGAUUCAGAUCCUGAAAGAAUUCAAGGAUGAAGAGUGGGACAUCGGCAACAUCGUGCACACGCUGACCAACAGACGCUACGCGGAAAAGAGCAUCGCUUACGCCGAAAGUCACGACCAGGCGCUGGUAGGCGACAAAACGCUGGCGUUCUGGCUGAUGGACAAGGAGAUGUACACCAAUAUGAGCUCGCUGGCUCCCAUGACUCCCGUCAUCGAUCGCGGCAUGCAGUUGCAUAAGAUGAUCCGCUUGCUCACGCACGCUCUGGGCGGCGAAGCUUACCUCAACUUUAUGGGGAACGAAUUCGGUCACCCGGAGUGGCUGGAUUUCCCCCGAGAAGGCAACAAGCAGAGCUACCACUACGCCCGGCGGCAGUUCGACCUGCUGGAUAUGACGCAUCUACGCUACCGCCAGCUUUACGCCUUUGACCGCGACAUGAACCGCACCGAGGAUAAGUACGGCUGGCUGGCGGCGGCGCCGGCCUUCGUGAGCGCCAAGCACCAGGACGACAAGGUCAUCGUGUUCGACAGGGCCAACGUACUCUUCAUCUUCAACUUCCACCCCAGCAAAAGCUUCCAGGACUACAAGGUGGCCGUGGAGGCCCCGGGAAAGUACAAAAUCAAGCUGGAUUCCGACGAGAGGAUGUACGGAGGACACGGACGGCUUGACCACAACACGGAGUUCUUCACAGAGCCGGAGCCUUUCAACGGACGCUCCCAUUCCAUGCGGGUGUACAUCCCCUGCAGGACCGCCAUUGUGCUGGCCAACGAGGAGAUCGAUUACUGUUAUUAGACCGCACCCCUCACGGAUUGGUCAAUUUGGACGUCCAAUCACUGCUCCAAUUCAUUCACCAGCUGCCAAACCAUUUAUUAUGUGUAUCAUGUCUGGCCGGGAAGCAACCCUCGACGAUAUUUGUAAUGAAGAAGGAUAAAUAUAUUAAAAUAUUAGAUUAAUUUUGCACAUUGGGAUGAUCAUGUAUGUUUAUUUGUGUCGUGAGUGCUAUUUUACAACAAGUUUACCCUUAAAUCAGGGGUGUCAAACGCCUUCCUUCCUUUCCAUAUAUAGAUUGACGCCAUUGAUGGCGCUAGACGUCCAAUCCAUUUGGACUGGCAGUUAAGUUCUAUAUUUGUAAUGGCAGGCAACGAGUCACUUCCUUGCUUAUUUUAGGGUACAUACGGGUCACUUCCUGUUGGUUUUGGAGCAUGUCCGGGUCACUUCCUGUUAAUUUUGGGGUACUUUCAGGUCAUUUUCUUUUUUCUGUGGUCACUUCCUGUUAAUUAGUCACUUCCUGUUGAUUUUGAGGCAUUUCCAGGUCACUUCCUGUUGAUUUUGGGCUACUUAAAAGUCACUUCCUGUCAAGUUUGGGGACUUACGUGUCACUUUCUGUUCAUUUUGGGGCAUUUUCUGCUCACUUCCUGUUCAUUUUGGGGUAUUUCCUGGUCACUUCCUGUUAAUUGGUCACAUCCUGUUGAUUUUGAGGCAUUUACGGGUCACUUCCUGUUGGUAUUUGGAAUAUCAUGGUCACUUCCUGUUAAUUAUGGGGCAAUUACGGGUCAAUUUUUUGCCAUUAAGGGGACUUACAGGUCACUUUCUGUUCAUUUUGAGGCAUUUCUGGGUCACUUCCUGUUCAUUUUGGGGUAUUUUCUGGUGACUUCCUGUUCACUAGUCACAUCCCAUUGAUUUUGAGGCAUUACUGAGUUACUUCCUGUUGGAUUUGGCAUAUCAGGGUCACUUCCUGUUAAUAUUGGGGCACUUACGGGGCACUUCCUGUUCAUUUUGGAGUAUUUUCAGACUCAGAAUAUUCUGGUGUCUACCUUUUCAUUUUGAGGCAUUUCCAGGUCACUUCCUGUUCAUUUUGGAGUAUUUUGUGGUGACUUCCUGUUCAUUUGUCACAUCCUGUUGAUUUUGAGGCAUUUCUUGGUCACUUCUUGUUGGUUUUUGGCAUAUCAGGGUCACUUCCUGUUAAAUUUGGGGCACUUACGGGUCGAUUUCUUG